GCGAGUGAGGGAGUGCAGUCUCCACCAACAUCGCUGUGAUCCGAAGGCACUUUUACUUGGCUGCUUUCUUCUCCAUUUCACCGUUGGCAGGUAUUUCCCAAAGAUUUAAAUUGGCAUAAUGCCACAAGACCAAGUCAAGACCGACGUUCCAAAAGUCCUCAAUAAAACCACACCAGGACUACAGAUAUGGAGAGUGGAGAACAUGCAACUGGUACCCUGCCCACCAAAAACAUAUGGACAUUUUUAUGAGGGAGACAGCUACAUUAUACUCUACACUCACAAGACCAGCAAUCACUUCUCCUAUGAUAUCCAUUAUUGGUUGGGCAAGAGCGCCUCCCAAGAUGAGCAGGGAGCAGCAGCAAUAUACACCACCCAGAUAGAUGAACACCUGGGGGGCGUUGCCGUGCAGCACCGGGAGACCCAGGGCCAUGAGAGUGCAACUUUUCAAGGAUACUUCAAAGAGGGCAUCAUAUACAAAAAAGGUGGAGUUGCGUCUGGUAUGAAACAAGUGGAGACCAACACAUACAACAUUCGCAGGCUGCUGCACGUGAAGGGAAAAAAGCAUGUGGUUGCCGGAGAGGUGGAAAUGACUUGGAAGAGUUUUAAUAAAGGUGACGUGUUCUUGCUGGACCUGGGGAGUCUGAUCAUUCAGUGGAACGGACCCAAGAGCAAUCGUACGGAGAGGUUAAAGGCGAUGAAUCUAGCGAAAGACAUCCGUGACAGAGAGAGGGGUGGUCGAGCACAGGUGACUGUAGUGGAAGGAGAUGAUGAAAAAUCUUCAGAGGAAGCCAUGAAAUUGAUGAAACAGGCUCUGGGAGAGAAAACAGAGAUCAAAGAUGCCAUUCCGGAUGAGAUUGUAGAUGAGAAAUUGAAGACUGCCCUCAAACUCUUUCAUAUUUCAGAUGCUCAGGGAAACCUUGUAGUGCAGGAGGUGGCAGUAAAACCUCUUACACAAGACCUGCUGAAUUCUGAGGAUUGCUAUCUGCUGGAUCAAGGUGGAAUAAAGAUCUUCAUAUGGAAGGGCAAAAAGGCAUCGAAAACUGAAAGGGCAGAAGGUCUGAAAAAAGCAGAGGCCUACAUAAAAGCAAAAAAUUAUCCUCCAUCCACGUACGUGGAGACAGUAAGUGAAGGUGCAGAAUCAUCCGUGUUCAAGCAGCUCUUCCAGAAGUGGACGGACAAGGGACAGACAGUCGGACUGGGCACCACACACAGUACCGGGAAAAUAGCCAAGGUUGAGCAAAUCAAGUUUGACGCCACAUCUAUGCAUGCCAGACCGGAUCUGGCCGCGCAACAGAAAAUGGUGGACGAUGGAUCGGGUGAAGCUGAGGUAUGGAGAUUAGAAGACAAUGAGCUUGUUCCUGUUGAAAGAAAGUGGCUUGGACACUUCUACGGUGGGGAUUGUUACCUCAUUCUCUACAAAUAUGAAGUCAACAACAAACUGCACUACUUUUUGUACAUGUGGCAGGGUCGCCACGCAAGCACAGCAGAGCUGACAGCCUCUGCAUAUCAGGCUGUUAUUCUGGACCAGAAGUACAAUGGAUUACCGGUGCAAGUUCGUGUUCCCAUGGGAAAGGAGCCCAUGCACCUAAUGGCCAUUUUCAAGGGUAAAAUGGUUGUUUAUGAGGAAGGAAGUUCCAGGGAAGGCUCCGCCCAAUCAAAUCGCCCAGUAAGCCUGUUUCAUGUCCACGGCACAAAUGAGUUCAACACACGUGCCACUGAGGUGCCACCCCACUCAUCUUCACUAAACUCCAACGAUGUGUUUGUACUUAGCACAGAGAAAUCCUGCUACCUGUGGUACGGCAAGGGCUGCAGCGGGGAUGAGAGAGAGAUGGCUAAAACGCUUUCUGACAUCAUCUCCAAGAGGGAGAAGCAUGUUAUUGCAGAAGGCCAGGAACCUGCUGACUUCUGGGUAAAUCUUGGUGGAAAAUCCCAGUAUGCCAGCAGCAAAAGACUUCAGGAGGAGAACAGCAGUAUUACUCCAUGCUUAUUUGAGUGCUCCAAUCAGACGGGUCGCUUUAUAGCAACAGAGAUUACAAACUUUAACCAGGACGACCUGGACGAGGAUGAUGUCAUGUUGCUAGACAUCUGGGAUCAGGUUUACCUGUGGAUUGGCAAAGGUGCGAAUGAGAAGGAAAAGCAGGAUGCGGUUGUUACAGCGCAAGAAUAUCUUAAGAGCCAUCCUGCAGGACGUGACCUGGAAACCCCUAUCCUGGUGGUGAAGCAAGGGUUUGAACCUCCCACAUUUACAGGCUGGUUUUACGCCUGGGACCCACAGAAGUGGAGUGGUGGAAAAUCCUAUGACCAGCUCAAAUCAGAGCUUGGAGACGCAACCAAUCUAAUCAAAAUUACUGUGGAUUUGACACAGCCAGCCUCUAACCAAAACAAAAUGUCAAACUCCAAAGACUCUGUGGGCAUGAUCCCUCCUCCGAUCCAGCAAACCUUCCCUCCAGAAAAGCUGGUGAACUCUCAGGCAGAGGAGCUGCCCGAGGGAGUCGAUCCCACAAGAAAAGAGGAAUAUCUUUCCAAUGAGGAUUUUGCCCUGAUCAUGGGGAUUUCUCGGAUGGAUUUCUAUGCUAUGCCAGAAUGGAAGCAGCUGAACAUGAAGAAAGCCAAAGGCCUGUUUUAAAAGGGCUGUGCAAAACUACUGUUAGGAUCAUCUCCUUUUAAAUGUUUAGAUUGCAUGUUUACAUGAAUGACCUUAUUUAAAUGUAUUUUUCUGAAAGCAAGAAAACUGAUAGCAUAAAAAUAAAUGUCUAUAUUUACAUUUAAAAUCAGAUUACCUUAUUAAUAACCCUACAGUAUAAGUCAAACUUUGGGAAAAUUUGGGAAGAUCAGUUUAUUUAAACAGGGAUUUGUGGUAAACUGCCAGUUUUGACAAUUUAAUAUUUUUGUAAUAAUCUGAAGAGAUAUGCAUUUAAGCACUGACUAAAAGCUGCAUUCUCUCGUGGCUCAAGCAAGCGCUUCAAUAAAAUGUGACAUUUUUAAGUUUAUGCGAUGAUGUACAGUUAUACAAAAGAAACUUGGACAUUUGUCAAACUUUCAUUGCUAUUAAUAAUUUACCGUACCACCUGUCUAAUGGAAAAGUCAAUAAACAGGAACAGACUUCAUUGUGA